AUGAAACUAUCACCAGAAGGGCAAUUCAGGCUUUGUAUUAUUCAAUCAAUACAUCUUACAUCAUGGCUGCUCAUAUUUCUUAAUCUGAAUUCUGUCUGUUCUCUAAAACCUGCCCAACUUCCGAUGUAUCAAAGGAAACCUUUUAUAGCUGCUUGGAAUACUCCAACAGAUCAAUGUCUGAAGAAAUAUAAUGUAACACUGAAUCUGCAAAUGUUUCAGGUGACUGGAAGCACACUGUCGAAGGCCCGUGGGCAAAAUGUCACUAUAUUUUAUCCUAACAGAUUGGGAUAUUAUCCUUGGUAUACAUCACAUGGUGUCCCCAUUAAUGGGGGUCUCCCUCAGAAUAUAAGCUUGGAAGUACAUCUGAAAAAAGCUGGCCAAGACAUUGACUAUUACAUACCUGCUAAAGAUUUCAGUGGACUUGCUAUUAUAGACUGGGAAUAUUGGCGUCCACAGUGGACUCGGAACUGGAAUGCAAAAGAUGUUUACAGACGGAAGUCAAAAGAGUUGAUUUCUGAUAUGCAAUGCAAUGUAAAAUCUACUGAUAUUGAAUAUUUAGCCAAAGCAACCUUUGAAGAAAGUGCAAAAGAAUUCAUGAUGAAAACCAUCAAAUUGGGAAUUAAAAAGAGACCCAAGGGUCUUUGGGGUUAUUAUUUAUAUCCUGACUGCCACAAUUAUAAUAUGAAUGAACCAAACUAUACAGGUUCAUGCCCAGAAGAGGCAGUAUUGAAGAAUAAUGAGCUCUCUUGGCUCUGGAAUAGUAGUGCAGCUUUAUAUCCUUCUAUUGCUAUUAAGAAAUCCUUCAGAGACCAUGAAACUGUUUUGCACUUCUCAAAAUUUCGGGUGCAAGAAUCUAUGAGGAUCUCUACUAUGACAUCUCAUGAAUAUGCUCUGCCUGUGUUUGUCUACACAAGGCUAGGGUAUAGAGAUGAUCCUUUAUUUUUUCUCUCUCGGCAAGAUCUAAUUAAUACCAUAGGAGAAAGUGCUGCCUUGGGAGCUGCAGGCAUUGUUAUCUGGGGAGACAUGAAUUUAACUUCAUCAGAGGAGAACUGCACCAAGGUGAAUCAGUUUUUGAGCUCUGAUUUUGGGAGCUACAUAGUCAACAUGAGCACAGCAGCUGAGGUGUGCAGCCUUUAUCUCUGCAGGAAUAAUGGGAGAUGCAUACGGAAGACAUGGAAUGCUUCAGAUUACCUCUACUUGAAUAAUGAAAGCUACCACAUAGAGAUAUCUGAGGAUGGAGAAUUUUCUGUGAAGGGCAAUGUGACUGAUGCAGACCUGGCCAUGAUGAGAGAAAAAUUUUUCUGUCAUUGUUACCAAGGAUAUGAAGGGGCUGACUGUCGAGAAAUAAAAGAAGCUGAUGGAAGUGCUGGACUUUCCUCCUGUUCUGGUUCACCAAUGACACUAUGUUUGCUAUCUUUAGCAAGCUACCAAAACAUUCAGGUGGGAGCUCAUUAA